AGCAUGGCUAGGACUAAGCAGACAGCUCGCAAGUCCACCGGCGGCAAGGCGCCGCGCAAGCAGCUGGCCACCAAGGCGGCCCGGAAGAGCGCGCCAGCCACGGGCGGCGUGAAGAAGCCGCACCGCUACCGGCCCGGCACGGUGGCCCUGCGCGAGAUCCGCCGCUACCAGAAGUCCACGGAGCUGCUGAUCCGCAAGCUGCCGUUCCAGCGGUUGGUGCGCGAGAUCGCGCAGGACUUCAAGACCGACCUACGCUUCCAGAGCUCGGCCGUCAUGGCGCUGCAGGAGGCGUGCGAGGCCUACCUGGUGGGGCUCUUCGAGGACACCAACCUGUGUGCCAUCCACGCCAAGCGCGUCACUAUCAUGCCCAAGGACAUCCAGCUUGCGCGCCGCAUCCGCGGGGAGAGGGCAUAA